AUGCCUUUUGCACAGUUGGUUAUUGGCCCUCCGGGUGCCGGAAAGUCGACCUAUUGCAAUGGCAUGCAUCAAUUUCUAGGCGCAAUCGGCCGCAAAUGCUCUAUCGUGAACCUCGACCCCGCCAACGACAAGACCUCGUAUCCAUGUGCGCUGGACGUACGCGACCUUGUGACACUGGAGGAGAUUAUGGAAGAUGACAAGCUUGGUCCGAAUGGAGGUGUCUUAUACGCUCUUGAGGAGCUUGAAAAGAACUUCGACUGGUUAGAGGAGGGGCUGAAGGAGCUUGGAGAUGACUACAUUCUAUUUGAUUGUCCUGGUCAAGUCGAACUCUUCACACACCACUCUUCAUUACGGAAUAUCUUCUUCAGGAUCCAGAAAAUGGGCGUUCGGCUUAUAGUUAUCCACCUCGUCGACUCAUACACUCUUACUCUCCCGUCAAUGUACAUCUCCGCCCUCCUCCUUUCCCUCCGCGCCAUGCUCCAACUCGACCUCCCACACCUGAACGUCCUUACAAAAAUUGAUAACCUCUCAAACUACGCCCCUCUACCUUUCAAUUUGGACUAUUACACAGAAGUGCAAGACCUAUCCUAUCUACUCCCACAUCUGGAAGCCGAAUCGUCCCGGUUAUCUCACGCGAAGUUCGGCGCCUUGAACCAGACGAUCAUCGACCUCGUCGAGGAAUUCGCACUCGUUGGAUUCGAGACGCUGGCCGUUGAAGAUAAGAAGAGUAUGAUGAGUCUGCUUAACGCCAUUGAUCGUAUCUCCGGAUAUGCGUUUGGUCCCGCCGAGGGCGCGAAUGAUACCGUCUGGAAGGUUGCAGUCCGCGAGGGCAUGGGCAUUACUGAUGUCCGGGAUGUGCAGGAGCGGUGGCUUGAUGCGAAAGAUGAAUACGAUGAACUUGAAGAGCAGGAGUUGGAAGAGGAAGUACGGGUGCGCAAUGCCGCAAGCCAGGUUGAAAAGACCGGUGCACCCGAAACAGACGACGCCAUGGCUAGUGAUGAUGAUGGUAACUUCUACGACGAGGAAGUGGAAAAGUGGAAGGCCAACAUGCCAGAUCAUGGCAUAAAGGUGCAUCGCAAGUCAUGA